AUGGACCACCACUGUCCCUGGAUCAACAAUUGUGUUGGCUUCUAUAAUCGCAAAUUCUUCAUACAAACCCUCAUUUAUGCAAAUGUAUGCUUGAUCAUACUCAUCGUACAUAGCAUCGUUCAUUUAACAGACGCCGCACUGGAAUUUAACCACUACCAGAUAGCUGGCCCUAUUGACUACGUCGAUUGGGGAUGCGGUAUUGCAAUGAUUACGUUUACGGCCGUUUUAUUGGCUGGUCUAAUCCCGUUCACGAGGUUCCAUUGGCAUUUGCUGGUUGUCAAUUCCACAACAAUUGAGACUAUGGACGUGGCCAACCGUACCGAAGAUUCGCGGUAUGAUCUUGGCGCACUCAGGAAUAUUCAGCAGGUUUUCGGAGUGACGUCGUGGCUCUGGUGGCUUCCUAUGCACGUGUACCUCUCUUGCCCGCAAGGAGAUGGUGUUCGAUGGCGAAGGCACUACUUGGCAACCGGUACAGAAUCAGUAUGA